AUGGAGUGCAAUUUCUUGGAAGAAAUUAAUGACAUUAGUGGAGAAUUGAAUUGUGUUUAUAAAAAGAUCAAGUUUGGGGUUCCUAAAGAAUUCGAAGGAAACGAGCAGAAUGGUAUAUUAGUGAGAGGUCAGAAUUUUAAUAUACUAAAUUUUCCGUGCAAAUCAUCGAUUGUCUUGAUUUUAGAGCCUGAUACACCCAAAAUAUCUGAAGUUAUUUGUCAAUCAGGGGAAAAUACCGCAAACUAUAAUGUGAGUAUUUCCAUUAAAGUCAGCCCUGUACUUCAGAAUGAUAAUAAAUUGACGGCUCCGUUAGAAACUUUGCAAGGAAUUGCAUCUAAAAGUGGAGGGAAUUCCUCGGAAAACUUUAAACUUUUCAAUCAUGAAGAAAAUUCAGGUAAUUAUAAAUCAAAUAUUACAACGGCAGACUCAUCUCCUGUUGUUAAAACUAGCAUACAAACUUCAAAUAAGUGCCUUUUUAACGAUGAAGGAGAUGCUGAGCAGACAAAGGAAGAGACAAAAAAUCAAUCUAUUUCAGAAAAAAGGCAGGAAAAUAAUAAUGCAUCCAAAAGACUAUCCAGCAUAAAAUCUAGUAUUAAAAGACAGUUGACCAGCAACAGGUAUGUUGAUAUAUGUAGAAAUCCAGAGUGGCCAUUUAUCAAACAAACAAGUAAGGUUUUUUCAAAAAAUGAGCAAGUAAGCUCUAGGUCUCAAAAAAGUAAAAUCAUUCAAAAAGGAACUGAAGACAGCUUAAAUAAUGAAAACAAGGACUCCAACUUGAUUUCAAAAAAGUCCUCUAGAGGGAGGACUAGAAAAUGGCUGGAAUCACUCUCCACUUUGUUUGAUGGGGUAUAUACUCAAAGAAGCACUUUGGGACGCACUGCAGGUUUGGGGCUUUUUUCAGAUCGUCAUUUCCAAAAAAAUGACAUAAUCACGGAAUUUGUUGGAUGGGUUAUUGAUCGUAAGGAAGCUCUUAGACUUAGAUCCGAAGGCAAAGCAACACAUAUAUGUGACUUAGUAAAACCAAGUUUGUACCUGGAUGGUGAAAAGGACCCAAAACCAUUUAUUGGCGGAGGUUCUUUUGCUAAUGAUGGUAGUACAUUUUUGGGUGGCCCUGGAAACAACUCAAAAUUUUGGAAGUGGUAUGACGAAAGAGAAGGAAGAUCUCGAGUUUUCCUAAAAGCAACACAGGAAAUUCAUCCUGGAGAAGAGAUUUUCGUCGGUUACUGCAAAGAUUAUUGGCUUGAUGUUGCAGAGAACGAUUCCGCCAACUCAAGUUGCAAAACUAACCAUGUAGCCUCGAAUUCUAAAAAGUCAAAUAAAGCCAUUCCAGGUGGUCAAACUAGAGGCAGAAAACGAUCCAUUAAGGUAUUGGAAUCGAUUGAUAAUGUAGAAGCAAAUACUAAGUUGACAGAUAGUGAAAAAUGCUCUUCAGAGCUUGUUUCCGAAAAAAGUCAAAGUUCUUUAAAAGAAAGUCAAGGCAAAGCUAAAUCAAAAAGAAAAAGAAAGUCCUUAUACUGGAAUACUGUAUUUAAUUGGCCCAAUUCAGAUGAUGACUAA